AUGGCGCGCGGUGGUGCCGGUCCGGGCAUCGCAGCUGUCGGCCACAUCAAUCAACAAAGUCAGGAGCAGCAGCCGUGGCAGCAGCAACAAGGUCACUGGAGCAUUGGGCAACAGGUGAGCUGGGCGGCUGUCGCCGCUUCUCCCGGCGGCGGAGGCGCUCCGGUGGGACGCCCUGGCGGGCCCGCCGUCGGAGGCGGCGUUGGUGCAGGAUCCGCAGGGUGCGUUCUCGCCAACCGCCUCACGGCCGAUGGCACUGCCAGCGUGUUGCUUCUCGAAGCCGGAGGACUGGAGGACGCAGCUGCGCAGGUUCCCUUCUUCUCGGUUAUCUUGCAGGGCACCGAUCUCGACUGGGACUACUCCAGCGAACGACAGCACAACGCCAGCUUAUCCGUAGACGAUCAGAUUAACAGAAUGCCCCGUGGCAAGGUGCUCGGUGGGUCGAGUUCUAUCAACCAUGUGAUCUUUGCUAGAGGAAAUCGAAAAGACUUUGACGCAUGGGCAUCUGAGUAUGGCGCGGAUGGCUGGUCAUACGACGAUGUGUUGCCAGACUUCAUCAGCAUUGAAACCUCGUACCUGGGCAUCGACAAUGCUCGCUGGACGGAUCACCUUUCUCCGGUGCUGUGCUGUUCCGCCAUGCUGAGCGCACACGCGGUGGAGCAAUUCCCAGUGAAAAAUGAGAAAUACAAUGCCAGCGUCUUAAGUGUGCGGUGUUCGCAGGUUCUUUUUGAAGGCGCAACUGCUGUAGGAGUAGAGUACAAGCGCUACAUCGGAACACACUCCGUCCGGGCAAAGAAAGAAGUAAUUCUUUGCGCUGGAGCCAUAGCCUCUCCGCAGCUACUGAUGCUUUCAGGCAUAGGACCUCGAGAACAUCUCGAGUCUCUUGGGAUAAACGUAAUAGCGGACCUUCCUGUGGGAGAAAAUCUAUUCGAUCACAUCACCGUGAACGGUAUAGCGGCAACGUCUGCAGAGAACAUCGAAAUCAACUAUUAUUUACCGUCUACAAUACCACUAUAUUCACUGUUUAGAACAGGACCACUUAUUCAUGCUUUUGGUGUCGAAGGUAUCGCCUUCUUAAGCACACCAAACGUCGAUCCCACUCAUCCGAACAUUCAAUUUCUCUUCGUGACCCUGAAUCCCACUACUCCUGAAGCAGGAUACUUGGCCAGUGUAAUCGGAAUAUCACAGGACAAGUGCAAUUCCUCGGAUGCCAUAAUAACUGAGUUUCGACAGCACUAUGUCAAGAUCAACCAGAUCAAGAGCUUUCUGAAGGUAUAA